AUGCCCCGCGAGUGGGACUACGGCGAGGCCCGGCACAAGCGGCACGCCGAAGAUCGCCGCGACCCCCCUCGCCCGUCUCCCGACGAACUUCGCCAUGAGGAGGAGCUCCGGCGUGAGCUUUGGGAGCUCCGCGACGGCUGCCGCAACGACCGGCGUUCUCCGCCCCGCCGUGACAACCGUGGUCGUUCCCGCUCCCCCUGGCUGGCAGUCUCUGGGGACUGGCGCCCCUGGCACCGCUCGCCGUCCCCGGCCCCUCGUCGCGGCCGGAGCCCCUCCCCCUCCCGCUCGAAGCGCCUCCCGUCUCCCCGCUCCCAAGCUCAACCGGCCGCACCUGCAUCCCGGAAGUAUGUCCCGCCCCAUGCUGCCGCGCCUUCGGCUCCGGCCUCCGCUGCCACUCCGGGCGGCGGCUCGUCCCGCGGCCGCCAAGGCCCUGCCAAGAAGAAGAAGCGUCGCGGCCAGGGCCGGGGCAAACAGGCUUCGCUCCCCCGCCGGUCCCGGGUGCCCCCUCUGCCCCGGGCCCCGUCUCCAACCUCCCUCGCCCCUGCUUUAACUGCGGGGUGGCGGGUCACUCACAAGUCAACUGCGUCAACCCCCAGUGUUGCUACAUCUGCAAGGAUCCUGGCCAUCCCGCCCUCCUGUGUCCGGAUAGACCGGUGA